GGACCAUCAGAUGAUCAAGAGAGCUUUUUUGCAAGAAAAUACAAGUUUUAAUUGAUCCACUGGUUCUUCCAGCUUUCAGCAUAUCUGAGAGAUUUAGUCUCCGAGACUUGUCUAGUUGUUUUAGUCCUCUUAGCUCCUGUUCAAAUUUAAACUGCUCAAGAUGAGUGCAGGUGAUUUGCAAUACACAGUGAUACUGCAACAGGCACCUUCUCCCUCCUGUUCCUCUCUAUCCUCCCCGUCUUCUCCCUACCAAAGCAAUCUACUGGACGUCUGCGAUGUGGGUACAGCGACUCAUGUCCAUCACAAUGGAGGCUCCCGAGGUGGUGGAAAUGGCGGGAGUGCUGGAAAGAAAGAGCACAUCAAGAGACCCAUGAACGCAUUUAUGGUCUGGGCACAGCUGGAAAGGAGAAAGAUGACUACAGAGUUCCCUGACAUGCAUAAUGCAGAAAUCUCCCGGCGACUCGGUAAACUCUGGCGGCUCCUGAGUGAUCGCGAGAAGCAGCCUUACAUAGAGGAGUCUGAAAGGCUCAGGAUCCAGCACAUGAAGCAGUACCCGGACUACAAAUACAGGCCGAGGAAGAAAGGAGGCAAAAAGCCCAAGCCUGUCUCCAACACUAGCUACCUUGGUGGGAAUGAUAGCGGUUCCGAGGAGUAUUACCCCACCACGAUGCCAACAAGUAGCAGUAAUUCCUGCUCAUGCGGUGCUGGAAUUCGUCGAGCUCCCGUCCCAACCUGUUCCAUCGCAGUUCAGUGCUCGAUGGAGCUAGGUGAACAUGUCAUAGAGAGAGAGCCAUCAUCUCCCAAGCAGACAGCUGAGAUAUCCAUCCAAGUAGGAAAUGGAUCUGCUCACCUUCAGCAAAACAGGAGGAGAUCCUUCUCGUCUUUUGCCGGUGACAAACGUCCUCGUGACCUCUCCCUCUCCUGUCCCCCCAUCAAGAAAAGAGCCCUCAUCCCAGUCUCCUCUCCCCCCGAGGUAUUGCCGACGUCUCUCGACGAUAUCUUCCCUCCCUCUCCCCCCUCGUCCGAUUCAUCUCCAAUCUCCCAUCAGCAUCGCGAAGACACACUCCCCACUUUACAUUUUGAGGAAUUUAUGGACCCCCUCAUGCCUUAUGAUCCCUCCGCCGUUGAUCUUGCUUUGAGCGGGAGCUCGUCAGCUCUCUCCUCCUCAACAGCUGCUAGUAAUGUCCUCUCUCUUAACACAUUCCCCCUCCAGUCAUCCGCAGCAACGAGCAUUUUCUCGCCAUUUAACAUAGAUAGCUGUUCAACUUUUGAUUUCCCUGAGCUCCCGAGUGACUUUGCCGAUAUCUUUGCUCAGAACGCAAGCGAGUUUGACACUAGUAUUACGACACUUCUGUCUACUUGA